AUGGUCAGUUACAUCGGCGAAUUAGGUGAAGGUGCGGAAGAGGAUUCGAACCCUCGCAAUUCCUUCUGUCGUGUAUCCCCGAUUAAUGCAACCUCAGAUGCUUCAAUUGUUGAUUCAGUAUUGAGCGAAAGGUUACACCUAUGGGUCUGUAUUGUGGGUCAACCCUACUACACGAGUACCAAUAGGCGGCAUAGAGGAAGAAGCACUACGCCUAGGAAUCAACAACACGAAAACUUUGUUAUUAAUGAUUCUUUCUUUAUCGGGAUCGGAACUAAGAGAAAUGGUUGGGACAACAAACAUCCAUCUUGUUCGUACUUUGGAUACCCAUAUAACCAUCGAAGAUUGUUGAAGUGACU